GCUGACCGACCCCCGCCGCCCCGCAGGUCGGGCGCAGCCUGUGGCCGUGCUCGCGGCGCCGGGGGCAUGCGGGCGCGGCGCGCGCGCGCGUGAGGAGGAUGGGGACGCAGGGCAGCCCGGUCAAGAGCUACGACUACCUGCUCAAGUUCCUGCUGGUGGGCGACAGCGACGUGGGCAAGGGCGAGAUCCUGGAGAGCCUGCAGGACGGCGCGGCCGAGUCCCCAUACGCCUACAGCAACGGGAUCGACUACAAAACGACCACUAUCCUGCUGGACGGCCGGCGGGUCAAGCUGGAGCUCUGGGACACGUCGGGCCAGGGCAGGUUCUGCACCAUCUUCAGGUCCUACUCCAGGGGCGCACAGGGGAUCCUCCUGGUGUACGACAUCACCAACCGCUGGUCCUUCGACGGCAUCGACCGGUGGAUCAAGGAGAUUGACGAGCAUGCGCCAGGGGUCCCCCGGAUCCUGGUUGGGAACCGGCUGCACCUGGCCUUCAAGAGGCAAGUCCCGACAGAGCAGGCACGCGCCUACGCAGAGAAGAACUGCAUGACCUUCUUCGAAGUCAGCCCACUGUGCAACUUCAACGUCAUUGAGUCCUUCACUGAGCUGUCCCGCAUCGUGCUCAUGCGGCACGGCAUGGAGAAGAUCUGGAGGCCUAACCGAGUGUUCAGCCUGCAGGACCUCUGCUGCCGGGCCAUUGUCUCCUGCACCCCUGUGCACCUCAUCGACAAGCUCCCGCUGCCCGUCACCAUCAAGAGCCACCUCAAGUCCUUCUCCAUGGCCAAUGGCAUGAAUGCCGUCAUGAUGCACGGGCGCUCCUACUCACUGGCCAGCGGGGCAGGGGCCAGCGGCAGCAAAGGCAACAGCCUCAAGAGGUCCAAGUCCAUCCGGCCCCCGCAGAGCCCGCCCCAGAACUGCUCUCGGAGCAACUGCAAGAUCUCCUAGCGGGCAGGCCGGGCGCCCCCUCAGAUGCGCUCUGGGGGCUUGCACUUGGAGAACGCUCCUGCCAGGCACCGGGCACAGCACUGUGUGCAGGGAAGACUUUGGCCACACAGCCCCUCCUGGAAGCAGGGGUUGCACCCAGCAGGCUGGUGGUCUCUGCAUACGAGCUGCCUGGGACAGUGGGGGGCUGCACUGCAGGUGUCGCGUGCAAAGUGGACGAACCUGGGACCCCGCUGUGCGGCUAGAAGCGCCCAGGAGGCAGCUCUGCCUGCCCCAGCCUCGAGGGGGCUAUCCCUGGGGCCCCGGGACGCCUGGUUCACCUUUCUUAUUUAUAUAGAAGACAUUCACCCUUUUUGUACAUUUUUAAAGGGCCAGAAGGGAAGCCUCGAUGCAGCCACAUAGUGAGCCCAUGUCAGCUGUGGGCCUGAGCUUUGGGACAUUUGGAGAGGGAGGGGAUUUGAGGUAAAGAUGGGAAGGAAUCUGCCGUCAAGGCUUGACUCUGGAUUCACAUACACUUCACGUGGGCUUGUGGGCUGUGCAGGGGCCAAUGGGGACACAUCUCAGAGCCCCGGCUACCCAGCCUUUCUGAGCACAGUGGUCAGUAUGCCCACCAUGCAGGCCGGGUGGCCAUGAGGGUGUGGGCUUUGGCAGCCUGCAUGGUGUGGCUGCAGCUUCUGGCUCCCGUUGGCCUUCCUAGACGAUGUCCCUGCAUGUCUCAGAGUCACGGGCUGAGAGCUGGGGGCAACUCACAGGUUCCCAAGUGGAGCGUUGACAUUUCUCAGAGAGGGGGAGGCGGGUGCGCCCCGUACAUCCGUCCUGGCUCCCUCCCUCCCCACUUGGGGCAAACAACCCUCCCUCCAUGAUCCUGUCCCUUCGGUUACGUUUACAUCGGUUGCCACGUGAAACGGGCCCAGCGUCUCCCAUGUGCCGAUGCAGAGCUGUUUGUAGACGAUAAGUGGUCACGGGGCCACCAGGCCCUCUGCAGAUCUGGACUGAGUCCGCCGCCCACUUGCCUCUGGGAGCACAUGGACCCCACUCUGCCAGCUUCUGUUCUUUAACCUGGGUGUGACCCCAUAGCUGCUCCUUGCCUGGCGUUGCCGCACCUCCAUGAGGUUACAUGUCACCAAAACCAUUCUAACUGGUUUCUCAGUGAUGCCUCUUGGAGCAGCUGGAGAAGUGGAUGCCCCUCCUCGAGGACCCGCCAGCCAGCCCUGAGCCGGGGCCUGGCCUCCUGCCCACUUGGCUGGUGACACAGCCACCAGUCACACUGGUGCUCAACUCUACCUCCUGCCCCUGGGGCCCCUCCCUGGGCCUGGGACCCCCCUCGCUCUGGGACUCUUCUGCAGUGGGCGUCCCCCGGGGGCUGUCCCAUGCCUGCUGUUCUGGGAGGUGAGGUGGGGAGGGGGCUGUGGCCCGCCUGUGGGAGCAGGGGCACCAGGGACCCUGGCUGAGGCCUGGCCACUAGCAGGUCAGGUGGAGGAGGCCCCGCCCAUCCCAUCCUGCCAACGAGGCCCCUUUCUUUGGACUUUGAACGGAAUCACAUGGAGUUUGUUUUGAGGACAAGGAUGGUGCCCUCUACACCAUAUCAACACUACCCUUCGCUGCUGUCUGACACUCGCACUAUUCCUGGGCUCAUUUUGGACGGUUUUCAUUUCUUUGUACAGUAAAUGUAACUCAGCUCUGACCUACAGACUGCGUUUUAUGUGAAUUAAAGUCACUGAUUUUAACUGGC